AUGCGGCCGAAUCCCACGGGGGAGGGGUCCGCGAUUCGCGGUUCGCGCAAGAGUAAAAACGGUGAUUUAUUACAUAAAUGCCCCGUAAUACAGGCAAAGUUCUUACUUCGCGCGCUCAAGAUCGAGAAUGACAGAUACCGCAUCACGACAAAACGCGGAGACGACGGCGAGACGAUCACGCAGACGACCGCGCGCACGAAGGCUCUCAACGCACUAGUACAGCAAAUCAAGCACUUCCGCGACGAACAAGAGAGCCUGAUGCCACGCUUACAUGCCACGCUUACGGCUGAAGAACGCCACCCCGACCGCUCGAAUGCGUUGACGAUUAAGCUCUGGCUACCGUCGGACCUUCCCAAAGACGAUGACGGCGCUUCAUCGGCUCUUCGCGCUCUGGAAGUGCGCAUGCGGUGGGCCGCGAUGUCGGAUGAACUCGACAAUCUUCUGCAUCAACUACGGCUGCGCGGAUGCCUGAACCGCUUCAAGAUCCUCAAUGUCAAGGGUCAGCGGGCGAACACGCGCGCGAGAACGGCCCAGGACGCUGUGGACGCCAACGUGAAGGCCGCGGCGAAUGCUUACAGGCGUCAUCGGUCUGCAUACUUUGCGCUUGUUGGUGCUGGAGAUUGGGAGAAGACGAUGCGCACGCUAGCCGACACGGACUGCAGAGGACUGGGGGAUCGGCUCAUCGAGCAAAUGGAGGGCAUGUCGGUAUACGCGGCGCGGGAGUUCGUGGCGCAGAGGAAGGGCAAGACCUCGUCCGGCGAGACAAAGUAUGAGCUGCCCUGGAUUUGGUACCGCAAGGGCGACGACGAAGACGAAGACGGCUUGAAGAUCACGAAUGAGCUGAUGCUGGAAUGGUUGAAGAGCCGUGCGCGCGCGCGUAACUGGGUGGAAGAGGUGUGGAUGGUGGACGAGGAGAUGAGCCGUGUGCUGCGCUUUAAUGCGUCGAUGGUUCGCAUCUGGGAGGAUCGCUGUUACGGAAUUCUUUUGGACGGUACUUGGGACGGAAAAGCACCUACGGACGCCAGCGGCGAUGACACCGUCGCCGAUGGGAAACUCAAGUCUGACGAGACGGUGCAGUCAGUCGCGGCGCUAGACGCCACCGGCGAGAGCUUCGCGCGCUGGGCUGCCAACCUACGCGCAACCAUCGCGGUCGAUACUCAGGGGACGUGGGAUGCCGACCACGCCUGGGCGGACGGUGUUCGCGCGUAUGCGCUGAAGCAAGCUUCUAUCCGCCGAGUGCAGGCGGAGGUCUGGGCGCGUCGAUUCAAAGUUCCGAGAGAGGAGGGCGAGCUCUUCAAGAGGAACCACGGUCUCGACGGCUUGUGCACGGCGCCGCUCGUGCUGGUGCCGACCGAAGAAGACCAAGAAGAGCUCAAGAAGAAGAAGAAGAACGCGAAGAAGUUGGCCAAGGCCAACUCACAUCCUCGACGGUUACUUUGA